UCCGAAGUUCGAGCCUGAAAGGGGAGUAACCCGGAAGUGAUACGUCACAUGGAGAACAGCAAUGGCAGAGCUCCAUACGGCCGAGAUGCAAAGCAUUUCAAACAAUGAUUCAAACAGCGAUACAAGCGAUAGAUCGAGCGCAAGUGAGGAUAUCCAAGUUUUUAAAGAGUUGGAGGAAGAAGAGGAGGAAUUUUACAUGUUGGACCUUUCAUGUAUGAGCCAGACGCUAAUCAGGAUGCAAACAAUGUGCCCAGACAACCUGACAUGGAAUGGAGACAAGACCCAUCGACAAUAUUGGUGUACUUGUGGUAAAUGCCAGCAAAUGCCUACAGCAGUUGAAUGUGUUUGCUGCCAUGAAAUUCAAGAAGUAGUGACUGUACGUCGACAAGGAGAGGAACACUUCAAUCAGGUGCUGUACUGCAUCACCGACCAUCCUGGACUCAAUGCUGUGUGCCUAGACCCAUAUGGAUUACAGGUGGCAUGGAUGACCUACAAGCAGCAGUACAAAGGCAAGGCAUUUGAUGGGCCACAGGAUGCCAAGUAUAGGCAUUUGCCUACCGACAAUUGGUGCGCUGGUGCUGGAAGUUUCUUGGUCAGGACAACCGUGUUGUGCUCCCAGCAUGUGCCGUGUCUUGUAUCAGGGCACAUUUUCCACCACCAGAAGAGGAGUCAGCUGUAUUCAAAGGGUUUCGUGUUUCACAGAGAAAUGUUCCAGAACUGUGAUUUGGACUGGUUUUAGAGUGGUUAAUGUGGACAUGGUGUCUACCAUAACAAAAUACUGUAAUAAAAAUAAACAAAUGAGGACAACUGAA